GUUUUUUUUGCAGUGACUGACACAGCUGGAGUGGGGGGAGGCCUGGCUCAAGUGAAAGCGAGCUACUGGGGAUAAUGGGCGACGUUUGAUUGGGAAAAGAGUUUCUCAGCCGCAGCCUGCCUAGCCUAUAUGCCUGUGCUGGAAAUCAACAAAGGCAGCCUACAAACUGGAAAGACCUAUCCAAGAGAUGGACGACGGCAGUGCCUACAUAGAGUUUGAUGUGCCAGAGUUCAGCAACACCGUUCUCAACCAACUCAAUGAGUUGCGACUGCAGGGGAAACUAUGUGACAUCAUCGUUCACAUCCAGGGCCAGCCUUUCCGUGCCCACAAGGCCGUGCUGGCGGCCAGCUCACCGUACUUCCGCGACCACUCGGCCCUGGGCACCAUGAGCGGCCUGUCCAUCUCCGUCAUCAAGAACCCUGAGGUGUUUGAGCAGCUGCUGGCCUUCUGCUACACUGGCCGCAUGUCCCUGCAGCUCAAGGAUGUUGUCAGCUUCCUCACAGCAGCCAGCUUCCUGCAGAUGCAGGCCGUCAUCGACAAGUGUACCCAGAUCCUGGAGGGCAUCCACUCCAAGAUAAGCAUCCCCUCCAGUGCCACAAGCCCAGACAAGGAGGGCUCCCAGGCCAGCCGCAAUGGUGUCAAAGACAGCAGCCUCUUCAUCAACCCCACACAGAUCUCCCCCCCAUACUACUCCAGGCACAGCAUAGAGGCCCGCUCUGAGCUGGCUGCAGGGAAAGGCCAUGGCAGGGUGCGGUACCAGGAGGAGGGCCAGUCAGAUCGUGGCAGCAGUGACGGUGUGUCAGAGCAGGAGGCAGCCAUGGAGGGAGAGACAGAGCAGGUGGAGCUGAUUGGGAAGGACGGCCAGGUGACAGACGUGCACGUGAAGCUGGAGAAGGCAGAUAGGCCCAGCUACUCGGACAGCUCCUCGGCAGGCGACGAUGGCUACCACACAGAGCUGGUGGAUGGAGAGCAGGUGCUGGCUGUCAGUGUUGGCUCCUAUGGUCCCGUCAUCCAGCCAGCUGGCUACACUUACUCAGGCCUGUCCUCCCCCUGCUUUGUGAGCCUCAGCAGCUCCAGCCCCUCCCGCUCCAUGCUCAGUGGCUUCAGGGGCGGCAGAGCCAGAGCCAAGCGCCCCCCAGUGACCGUCCCAGCAGAGGUCCUGGGUCAUAUCAAACCGGGAAACACUGAGGACAGCAGCGAGGCGGUGUUGGGCCAAGUAGGUUUUGAGAACGAUGUGCGAGAGCGGAGCCUGCGCAGCCAGUGGUACCCCUACAACGAGAGGCUCAUCUGCAUCUACUGCGGCAAGUCCUUCAAUCAGAAGGGCAGCCUGGACCGCCACAUGCGCCUGCACAUGGGAAUCACACCCUUCGUCUGCAAGUUCUGCGGCAAGAAGUACACGCGCAAAGACCAGCUGGAGUACCACAUCCGCGGCCACACGGACAACAAGCCCUUCCACUGCCAGAUUUGUGGCAAGUGCUUCCCCUUCCAGGGGACCCUCAACCAACACCUGAGAAAGAAGCACUUGGGGGCCUCAGAGGGCCCCAACCACAUGGACUCUCCAGAGAGGACGGAGGGCAUCUCUGGUCAGAAAGACCCAGAGGAUGCCUCAGAGGGGAUGGCCUUUGAGACGCAGUAUGCUGAGGAGGCUCCGGCCAACGACAUGGAGGAGAGCUCAAAGUGCAGCCCUGAGGAAGCCGAGGCGUCCAGAUGUGAUUUUUAGGCCCUUGCUCUGGUUGAGGAAGCUUUAAGAUAUGUUCUUUAAACGUUUAGGAUUUGUUUUGGAACCGGCUCCUUUCAAUGUUGAACCUACUUUGUGCAUCCGUUUUCUGCCUGUCCAUCCAUUUUUGUGAAAGUCAACUGUUGCUUAAUGUAGACGAAGAGGAGAAAGGGGUACUUUUUAAAAAUAGAUUUCAAAGGGAAGGGGUAUCAACUUGCUAUUGAUAAGGUGCCCUCAAUAAUCAAGGCCUUUUGUUUUCGCUUUAAAAAAUAUAUAUGUUUUUAAAACAUAUUUACAGAGUAAUAUAGGCAUGUUGCAAUAAUUGAUAAUGUGAAAGCUCUGAUAAGAUGCUUAUCAUAUCAUGUUUUUACCUGACCUGUUUUUGCACAUGUGGCCAAAGGAGGUCACUUUACUCACAAGGAAUUAUUUUUCUGCCAA